AUGAGUUCUGGAGAUACGGCUAGGGUCGUCUGGGAAGGCUGGACAACCAAAGUCAAAGACAGACUCAAUGAAGUGAGAGGAAAGUUGAAAUUGAAAGAAUUCGAUCAUAAAGUCCACUAUGAAUGGACAGAAGACGAGAGACGACGUAACGAAGAAGUUCUCAUCGGUUUACGCCAGGACGUCCGAAGCAGACGUUUUGAACUCAAACGAAAUGCCGAUUGUAUAGAUUCGAAGGUGAUCAACAAUGUCUUCCAGGACAGAAGGGAGAAGAGGAUGUCUUUGCAGAGGUUCACUGCUAAGGAAGCUGUUACUGAAAUGGAUCAGCUAGUCUGCGCAAAGGCCAAGUUCUUGAACGCUCUCCACUACGCCCGUGUGACGUCUGAGGAAAAAUUACGGCAAUUCAAAGCAGGUCUGGUCUGCAUGAGCUCGGCAAUGGAAAAGACAUCGGAACAACUCGAAAAUGAACAGCGCAUCCGAAAUCUAGAGAACGCCCUUGAUAAGGCCAGAAUGAAGUGUGACAUGGGCCGGAGUAUCGGCCACCAAUAUGAAUUCAUCGUGAAGAAAAUGAAAGAGGAAAGUCUAUGUUAUCCUGGGAAGCUUGAUGUGAUGGAGAAUGAAAUCAUGUACCAGAGAGGUCAGCUCAAAGAAAUGAGGAGAGUGCUGAAGGUGGCGCGUGAUGCGCGAGAGGUUUCAAGGGAAGAACUGACCACGUUAGAACAGGACUGUCAAGGCGCAAAACGCAAACGGGACCAACUACUAGUCGCCACCCGGAAGGAAGUGGAACAGCGCAAGAGUACAUGGGAUGAGAAACCACCAGCCAACAGCAAACGGGCAAUAAAGGCUCUAGAUAAUAUGAGCUCGGUUGAAUCGCAUGAUUGUACCCGUGUUGAGGCGGAGAAGAUAGCAGUCAGAAACAGGCGGUUUCACUACGACGACAUAUUCGAGAGAAUAAAAGAUGAAACAUAUCUGACGUCACUCCAUGACUUCAUCGACAGAAUUGAACAACAGGAGGACGUCCGUCGCAGGCUGACGGAGAAGACGAUUGACCUGAGAAAGAAUAUCGACUUCGCCGAUGAGGAUAGGCAAAAACUCCAAGAUGACAGAAGCAAGCUGAGAUAUGCAGUCGGUGGGAGAAUUUCCAGUGCGCAAAAUGCAAUGAGCCAGUUUUUUGACAACAUUCAUCAACAGCAAGAGAGGAAGGAAUAUUACCAAGAGGAACUGCACAUGUCAGGAAGACUCAUUACAGACGUCAAGACUGUCAUCCUUGGUCUCAUGGCUAAACUUAAAGCUAUGAAACUUAAACCUGAUGUGAGGAACUACUCCCAUGGUGACGUCGUGGAAGAUCUUGAGACUUGCCGCGAGAAAAUGGUGUUGCUUACGGAGGGCGUGGACCAGUCCCUCGCGAAGAUUGGUUUGGAGGAUUCUAUCCAAAAAGUCAUCAUGCAACCAGAGUACCAUGUGAUCCGACUUGAGCAGCUAGCAGAUAACAUAAGAAAAAAACUAUCAACGAGUUUCCCGUCUAUAAGCGCUGAAAGUUACGAGUACGACACUCAUGACAUCAAUGAGGAGAUGUUAUCACGCAAUGAUAUCAAACGAAUCGCACAGGCAGUCGUAGACAGUAAAACAAAGCAUCCGAAAAAAAACAAAAAUAAGAGGAAAUAG